UCUCAAACUUGUUCCAAUCAGCUCCACGGUCCAGGAUUUGAUUAUGUAAGUAGCUCUCGUUGGACUUUUCACUUCAAUGAGUUAACACAUAUUGCGUGAUUUUUUUUUUUUCAUUUUAGUGUAUUUAGGAAAAGACUCAAGACAUACUAUUAAAGUCUAAUAAAUUUGACCAAUGGCUUGAAAUAUAAUUUUUUAUAUCAUUACGUGGUCAAAUGGAUCAAAAACUUGAAGAUGACAGUCAUGUGUACGUAAUUUAGACCUGGCUUUUUUCAGACAGACAUUUGUUAGAAUUCAUUUCUAUGUUUUAAGAAGCUAAUCCAAAUUAGGGGCAGGCCAAAUGUCUCCUUUUAUCUUUAGUCUGUUAAGUUUAUUGAUUAAAAUAUGUAUUUUAAUUAUAUAAUAAAUGAGACUUUGAUUUAAUAGAAACCUACAAAUAGAUUUGGAACUGCCCCUGCUGUGGCAAUGUUUAAGACGUGGUCACAGCGAGUGUGGUGUUGGAAGAAGAAGAAAAAACGGGUUUGGGAUUAUGGUUGUGGUUAGUGUUGAAACGACCAUUUUGUGACUUUAGUUUCAAUCGACUGACUUAAAUAGAUUGUAGCUGGGAGCGCUGUCGAGUCAUGUGUUUUUAAUCUACAAAUCCAUGUGUUUAUAUAAAAAAAUCCAUGCGUUUAUAUCCAUGUGUUUAUAUCAACAAAUCCAUGUGUUUAUAUAAAAAGUCCAUGAGUUUAUAUCAAAAAAUCAAUGUGUUUAAAUCAAGAAAUCCAUGUGUUUAUAUCAAUAACCCCAUGUGCUGAUAUCAAUAAGUCCCUGUGUUUAUUUCUUACCACAGAAAAAUGAACACAUUCAUCACAGUUCUUGCCCUCGCCCUGCUCUCAGUCAGCGUCCAUGGCUCAUUUGGUGGCUACGGCUUGGGAGGCUUCGGGGGUCUCGGAGGUCUCGGAGGCCUUGGGGGUCUCGGAGGUCUUGGGGGUCUUGGCGGUCUAGGCUAUGGAGGUCUUGGGGGUCUCGGAGGUUUCGGAGGAGGCAUCGGACUUGGUGGAGGCAUCGGUGGAGGCAUUGGAAUCGGUGGAGGCAUCGGUGCAGGCAUCGGUGGAGGCAUCGGUGGAGGUAUCGGAAUCGGUGGAGGCAUCGGAAUCGGUGGAGGCCUUGGUCUCGGAGGUGGUCUCGGGUAUGGCGGCCUAGGCAGAUUCGGAUACGGGGGUCUCGGAUAUGGUAAGGUUUUUUUAAAUUUCAUUUAAAUAGCAUUUCAUUUUUAUUAGUAAUAGAAUUUUUCCCCCUCAGCUUCGUAUAAUAUCAUUUGCAUUAUAGUUUACGUGCUACGUAAAAUAGUAUCAAGAUAAAAUAAUAAAUCCAUCCAAUUUGAGCUUUGCCAUUUAUAUAACCUAAUUAUUCUCAUCUGUCAACAGGCAGAGGAUACUACUAAGUAUUACGCCAUCGUCUGGUAGCCAUAGAAAUUAUUCCUAUGCUGGACGCUUCGAAAAAUGAAAUGUUCAAAGCAGGAAUAAAUGUCCUAUUAAAAUGUCUCUUGUUUGUUGGUGUGUUUAUUAUUUGGCUAUACCGCUAUGUUUGCUUAACGGUUGCUUGGUUUUUGCGGCAUGGGUUGAUGAAAUGAUUUGCAAAGGGAAAAAAAGAUUCAACGAAUAUCAGAG